AAGUGAGUGGGGUUGAAGCUGAGCUGUCGUUGAUGAGGGUGGUGGUUAGGGUAUUCUCACAGCCCGGGUGGUUGAGAAUCAGCCCAUGAAGUAUAUUGCAUGUGCCAUGUGGCGUUAAUGACGGUUUUCUUGUCCACUGCCAUUGCCUCGCACUUACACGGCAUGCAUGAUCACGGGGGUAUGCGUUUGUUACCGACACUGAGCCCCGUUAGCCUAGCAAUAUGCUCAAAUUGGUGGCCAGCCUAAGCAGACCAGGUGGUGGUGGUCGUCACCUUCGACUGUGCCACUACUCCACCAAUGUGCCCACUCCUGCAGCAACCACAUUCUGGCACCAACGCAUUCCUCUUCAAAACUUGGCCGAGACGUCCAAAUCUCGGGUCCUUAUGACCAACGAUUUCACUAGGGUCCAUCUUCCAUGGAAACCUUCCUCAUCCAGGAGCGUUUGCCCCAGAGGAUUCACUUCCGAUGCAUCCGCAACGCAAUCGGGAUUCAUUGCGUGGUACCUGCGGAUGCUGGACAAAUACACUUUUCCUACCAAGAGCAUCACUGCCGCUAACAUCCUCGCUUUUGCAGACAUUACCGCUCAAUAUCUUGCAAACGAAACGUUGAAAGAAGGCGAGACAAAGCAGGAUUGGGACAAAAUACGGACACUGCGGAUGCUAGGAAUUGGUGCAUUUUUCACUGCACCCAUUCUGCACAUAUGGUUCAACCUAAUGCUAUGGCGGUUCCCCAAGACAGAUGUCGCCAGUUCCAUGAAGAAAGUGCUGGCUGGACAACUUAUUGCAUCACCUGUUGUCAACAGCUCUUUCUUCGCAGUUAAUUCUUUUCUUCAAGGGGAGAGUGGAGAGCAAGCUAUCGAGAAGAUCAAGCGUGAUCUUUGGCCGACUUGGAAAAGCGGUGCCAUGUAUUGGCCAAUCCUUGACUUCGUCACGUUCCGAUACAUCCCAAUUCAUCUUCAGGUGUUAUUCAACAACUGCUGCUCCUUCGUCUGGACAAUCUACCUCACUUCUAUGGCUGGAAAGAAAGCAGAGGCUUUCUCCGCUGCGAAUCCUAAUCCUAAUUUAGCCCAUUCUAAAACUUGACUAUAGAUGAUAGCUUCAGAAAAGAGCAUGCACAACUGCUGGUAACGGAUAUUGGCCAAUCGAACGAAAGGUCUUGUCACAUGUGCACCGGUAAACGACCUCAAUCUAUUGAGAUGGUGACCCUCGAAAAUAAUUAUCUAUGUGUAUGGGGGAGGUUGUCCUGUACAAUCUUCCCUCGUCAAUU